AUGUCUGUGGAACCGCCCAGUUUCCCGUUCCAACGUGCCUCGGGGAUGGACCCCCCUGCAGAGUACGCUCGUCUUCGAGCCACAGACCCUGUCUCGAGGGUGAAGUUGUUCGACGGCAGCUUGGCCUGGCUUGUCACCAAAUAUAAGGAUGUCACACAGGUCGCAACUGACGACAGGCUAUCCAAGGUACGUGACAGGCCCGGCUUCCCAGAGCUGAGCGCCGGAGCUGACCUGUUCGAAAGGAGCAUGGUGAGCAAGUUUUUCACCGACGAACAUGUGAAAAACCUGCAGCCCUUUAUUCAGAAAACAGUCGACGACCUUCUGGCCUCUAUGAAGACAAAGGGUUGCGCCGCUGGACCCGUCGACUUGGUUAAGGAAUUUGCACUGCCAGUCCCUUCAUAUAUUAUUUACACUAUCCUCGGCGUCCCUUUCAGCGACCUGGAAUACCUCACAGAACAAGUUGCCACCCGAUCAAAUGGCAGCGGAACAGCCAGGGAGGCCUCAACAGCGAACCAGGAACUGCUGAAUUAUAUCGGCACACUUGUCGAUAAGCGCCUUGCCGAGCCGAAGAAUGAUCUCAUCAGUGAACUGGUUGUCAACCAGGUGAGCAAGGGGGUUAUAGACAAGUCCGACGCAGUCCAGAUUGCCUUUCUCUUGCUCGUCGCCGGCAACGCAACGCUGGUCAACAUGAUCAACCUGCACCCUGAUCAGUUGGAUCAGCUCAAGUCAGACCCGUCCCGGGCAGGAGCCUUUGUCAAGGAGCUUUGUCGCUACCACACCGCAUCGGCACUGGCAAUGAAGCGAACGGCAAAGGUUGACGUCGAGAUCGGGGGACAGCUUAUCAAAGCUGGCGAGGGCAUUAUUGCGUCUAAUCAGUCGGCCAAUCGGGACGCCGAGAUUUUUACUGAUCCCGACAAAUUCGAUAUGAACCGCACAUGGCCUGCCGAGGACCCCCUAGGGUUUGGUUUUGGCGAUCACCGAUGCGUUGCAGAGACCUUGGCGGUGGCAGAGCUCACCACUGUAUUUGCAGCUACCAGACCUGAAGAUCGCCGUGCCCAUAGAGAAGCUUGA